AUGAUUCUUGCACGCUCUAAAAGAAGAUCCAUUUGGGUAGAAAAUCAUAUUAAAAAUAGGAAAGACCGUGCAGAAUAUAAUAUUUUGGAAGAUCUCUCAGAAAAGAAGUUUAAUGAGUAUUUUAAAAUCUCAAGAGAAGUUUUCGACGCACUUCACAGGUAUUUGGCGACUGGUGUAUCUUUUCGAAGUAUUGGUUACAGUUAUAGAAUUGGCGAGUCAACAAUCUCGAAAAUUGUAGUAAAAGUGUGUGACGCAUUAUGGAUAAGACUACAACCAAUAGUAUUGAAAGAACCGACUCAAGCCGAAUGGAAACAGAUUGCCAUAGAUUUUAAAAGAGUGUGCCAGUUUGACCAUUGCUGUGGGGCAAUAGAUGGCAAACAUGUGGUAAUUCAAUGCCCACCGAACUUAGGAUCAACAUAUUUUAACUAUAAAAAAACAUUCUCUAUUGUUUUAUUGGCUGUAUGUGACUCACAACGCAAGUUUAUUGUAGUAGAUAUUGAAUCUAUGGGCCGAUUCAGUGACAUUGGUAUAUUAAGCGAAAGCGAAUUUGGUGAGAAGCUAAUAAGUGGUAAUAUACGAUUUCCUGAAGAACCUUUAACUGAGGGUGGUAUUAACAUGCCUUACGUCUUAGUUGAAGAUGAAGCCUUUCCAUUACUAAAAAAUCUAAUGCGGCCAUAUCCAAAAGAACGUCUGACUGCAAGUCGAAGAAUAUUUAAUUAUAGACACGCCAUCUAA